ACUAAAUAAAAUCAGCAAGAGAUCAAUUGUAUAAGUGAAAUACCUGCUACGCAAUCCAGUAAUCAAGUUCUACAUUCUUUCCACAGUUUCAACCAAACAUUCUCAAAUGUCGAUCGUCCCCAGCUUGUUCGGUGGCCGAAGCAGCAGUGUCUUCGACCCAUUCUCCUUAGACGUUUGGGACCCUUUCAAAGACUUCCCAAUUUCAUCCUGGUCUGAUGUUUCAAGGGAAACCUCUGCUUUGGUAAACGCCCGUGUGGAUUGGAAGGAAACCCCGGAAGCUCACGUGUUCAAGGCAGAUCUUCCUGGGAUGAAGAAAGAAGAAGUGAAGGUGGAGGUAGAAGCCGGAAACAUCUUACAGAUCACCGGUGAGAGGAAUGUGGAGAAAGAAGAUAAGAAUGAUAAAUGGCAUCGGGUUGAACGAAGCAGUGGCAAAUUCACAAGGAGGUUCAGGUUGCCGGAGAAUGCUAAAAUGGAUGAGGUGAAGGCGGCCAUGGAAAAUGGAGUGCUCACAAUUACUGUGCCUAAAGAAGAAGUGAAGAAACCUGAUGUCAAGUCUAUUGAAAUCUCCGUUUAAUUUUUAUUUUUAUGAACUUCAAUCAUAUUGUCAUCGAUGAUCAAGUGUUUGUUUGUGUAUGAUUUUCUAGGGUCUAUGUGUUGUGUGUUUCUCGGUGAAUGGCUGUCAUAAGUUGUAUACGUUUGUGUAACUUGGAUGAUGAUUGAUGAAUAAAAUGUUUGUUAGCUUCUAAAUUCGA